AUGUCUUUGGCUGACGUUACUGGUCAAUUUAACUUCCCUAAGGAAGAAGAAAAGAUCCUCCAAUUCUGGAAAGAAAUUGAUGCCUUCAACCGCUCUGUUGAGUUGAACAAGGACAAGGAGCCUUUUGCUUUCUUUGAUGGCCCUCCUUUCGCCACUGGUCUUCCCCAUUAUGGUCAUUUGCUUGCUGGUACUAUCAAGGAUAUUGUCACUCGUUAUGCUCACAACACUGGUCACCAUGUUGAGCGUCGUUUCGGUUGGGAUACCCACGGUCUUCCCGUUGAGUAUGAAGUUGACAAGAGCCUUGGUAUCAAGGGUAAGGAUGAUGUUAUGAAGAUGGGUAUCGAAAAGUACAAUGCCGAAUGCAGAUCUAUUGUCAUGCGUUACUCUGGCGAAUGGAGAAAGACUGUUGAGCGUAUGGCCCGCUGGAUUGAUUUCGACAACGAUUACAAGACCUUGGAUCCUACUUUCAUGGAGAGUGUCUGGUGGGUUUUCAAGCAGCUCUUUGACAAGGGCCAGGUUUAUCGUGGUCAGAAGGUCAUGCCUUACUCUACUGCAUGUACAACUCCUUUGUCAAACUUUGAAUCAUCCCAGAACUACAAGGAUGUCAAUGAUCCCGCAAUUGUCGUUGGUUUCCCUCUCGUAAAUGAUCCCAAAACCCAGCUUUUGGCCUGGACCACAACCCCCUGGACAUUGCCUUCCAACCUUGCUCUGUGUGUAAACCCCAACUUUGAGUACAUCAAGAUUAAGGAUGAAAUCACUGGCAACUUCUACGUUCUUAUGGAGAAGCGUCUCAGCAUCCUUUACAAGGAUCCUAAGAAGGCCAAAUUCACUAUCAUGGAGCGUUACAAGGGUACCGACAUGAAGGGCUGGGAGUUCGAGCCAAUGUUCAACUACUUUGAGAAAGAAUUUAAGGGCGUUGCCUGGAAGGUUAUCACUGACAACUAUGUCACUGACGACUCUGGUACUGGUAUUGUUCAGCAGGCUCCUGCUUAUGGUGAAGACGAUUACCGCAUCUGUAUUGAGCACGGUAUCAUCCGUCCCGACGGUCCUCUUCCCUGCCCCAUUGACGAGAAGGGUUGUUUCACCUCUGAGGUUCCCGAAUACCUUGGUAUGCACGUCAAGGAUGCUGACAAGCCUCUCCAAAAGGAGAUGAAGCAGCGUGGGCGUUUGAUUGUCCAGUCUCAGAUUAUGCACAGUUAUCCUUUCUGCUGGAGAUCUGAUACUCCCUUGAUUUACAAGGCUGUUCCUUCAUGGUUCGUCCGUGUCUCUCCUGUCAUUGACAAGAUUUUGGCUUGCAACGACAAGAUGCGCUGGGUUCCUGCCUUUGUCCAGGAGAAGCGUUUUGCCAACUGGAUUGCCAACGCUCGUGACUGGAACAUUUCCCGUAACCGUUACUGGGGUACUCCCAUUCCUCUCUGGGUCAGUGAUGACCUUACUGAGGUUGUUGCCAUUGGUUCCAUCAAGGAACUUGAGGAUCUCAGCGGUGUUUCCCCUAUCAAGGAUCUCCACAGAGAGAACAUUGACAAGAUCACAAUUCCUUCCAAGAAGGGCAAUGGUGUUCUCCGUCGUAUCGAAGAGGUGUUCGAUUGUUGGUUUGAGUCUGGCUCUAUGCCCUACGCUCAGAAGCAUUAUCCUUUUGAGAACGCCGAUAAGUUCAAGAACACUUUCCCCGCUGACUUCAUUAGUGAGGGUAUUGAUCAGACUCGUGGUUGGUUCUACACUCUCUUGGUUCUGUCUACCCAUUUGUUCAACGAGCCUCCUGCCAAGAACGUUAUCGUCAGUGGACUUGUCUUGGCUGCCGACGGCAAGAAGAUGAGCAAGCGUCUCAAGAACUACCCCCAGCCCGACAUUGUGAUCGACAAGUUUGGUGCCGAUGCUCUGCGUCUCUACCUCAUCAACUCCCCUGUUGUGCGUGCCGAGACCUUGAAGUUCAGAGAGGAAGGUGUAAAGGAGGUUAUUGCAAAGGUAUUCUUGCCAUGGUACAACGCCUUCAAGUUCUUUAUUACCCAGACUGCCGUCUUGCAAAAAGAGUUUGGCUUUGAGUUCACCUACAACCACGAGAUGAAGAAGUCUGACAAUGUCAUGGAUCGCUGGGUGCUUGCCAGUUGCCAGUCGUUGAUCAAGUUUGUCCGCGAUGAGAUGGAUGCCUACAGACUCUACACUGUCGUACCCCGUUUGUUGCACUUGGUCGAUGUGUUGACCAACUGGUAUGUCCGCUUCAACCGUAAGAGACUGAAGGGUGAGAAUGGUGUCGAGGAUGCCAAGCAGGCCUUGAACACCCUCUUUGAGGUCCUGUUCACUCUCUGUCUUACCAUGGCUCCCUUCACACCUUACCUGACCGAGAACAUGUACCAGACUUUGAAGAAGUUUGUUCCCAAGAACAAGAACAUUGUCGAUGACCGCUCCGUCCACUUCCUCGACUUCCCCACCGUCCGUGAGGAGUACUUUGAUCCCGAGAUCGAGCGUGCAGUCGGCCGUAUGCAGGCUGUCAUUGAGUUGGGCCGUACUAUUCGUGAGAAGAAGAACAUCUCACUCAAGAUUCCCCUCAAGGAGCUUGUUGUCAUCCACCACGAUCCCCAGUACCACGCCGAUAUCAAGGCUCUCGAGAACUACAUCUUGGAGGAGCUCAACGUGCGUGACAUCAUUGUCACUUCUGAGGAAGAGAAGUUUGGCGUCAAGUACAAGGCUGAUGCUGACUGGAAGGUCUUGGGCCAGAAGUUGAAGAAGGAUGUUAUGAAGGUCAAGAAGGGACUUCCUGAUCUUACCAGCGACGACGUCAAGCUGUUCGUCAAGAACAAGGAGACCACUGUUGCAGGUAUCAAGGUCACUCUUGAGGAUCUCGUUGUUAUCCGUUACUUUGAUUCCGAUGAUGCCCACUAUGAGACCGGUACUGACCAGGAUGUUCUCAUUCUUUUGGAUACCAAGCUUUACCCCGAGCUCCAGCAGGAGGGUUUGGCUCGUGAGGUCAUUAACCGUGUCCAGCGUUUGAGAAAGAAGGCCGGUUUGUUGCCUACUGAUGAUAUCCAGAUGUAUUACCGUCUUGAUAAAUCUGGAAACCAGGAGAUCCAUGAGAUCAUCCAGUCCCAGGAAGCUGUUAUCGUCAAGGUUCUCAAGAAGCCCUUGGCACCUGCCUCCACUAUUAAGAAGGAUGCUGUUGUUAUUAUUGAAGAAGAGCAGGAGGUCAAUGGAACAACUUUCGAUAUUGUGUUUGUACAAUAAGUUUGCCAUGUAUAAUGAAAUUAAAUAUUACAUAUUCAAAAUAAAUAAAUAUAAUAUAAAUAUAAUAUAAAUAUAAUAUAAUACCACGGCUUGUUUUAUUUAAUUUUACUUUAAAUACAAGACAUUCACAAAUAAGAAGAAGAAGAAG